GCAAAUGGUGUGAGAGAUCACCAAUGGAUGAGGCAGCGCUCUUUCGCGUGUCAUGUUUUUGAAGAGCCACGCGUUUCACUCUAGGUUCCCCACUCGGCACGCACCAAUGCAGAUACGGACCGGAUCGGACGCUGCUGGCGCCUGAACGUGUAUCCAUCUUCAUUGCGCUCACGGUGCUUUUCUCCAGCUCGCCGGUAUCAUGCAGUCUUUAAUAUCCCCAGUCACCAAAGCAAUACUGGUUGCACUGUUUAUUUUUGCGAUCCUGCUCAUUUUGUACGUGAUAUUAUGGUAUAUAUGUCGAGAUGUGGAUUGUGAUCACGGAAUUUGAUUGACAUUAUUGGAUGCGUCUUUAAGGACAUGCACCGGGUGUCCCAGCAUUGGCACUGAUCAACAAGGGAGCAAAGGGUGACUCUGUGGUUAAUUCCUGUAGUAAAUCGGAAUCCAGACUCUAUUGGGUGUCUACAGUGAUUGUCGUAGACAGCGGAACUAUCGUAAGAACAGCUGAUCCGUUCCUACUGUACUUCAGCACGGAGCGUAAAUGCUGAGACACUCGCUGUCAUCUUCAAACAUGUGGUGGUUUUUGCCUUGUAUCCUCGGCUUCAUCAGACUCUACUUAGAUGGCGUCAAAGUUCUCCUAUACCAGCUUUUCAACAAAUCGUUCACUCUGCCAGAUUUGCCAAAGCAGAAUGGAAAGGUUGCCAUAGUUACAGGGGGAACCAGAGGAAUGGGAUAUGAGAUUUCCAGACAUCUGGUCAGCCUGGACAUGCAUGUUAUCAUUGCUGGGAAUGAGGAAGAGGAGGGUCUGGCAGCAGUGAAGAAGAUUCAGGAGUUGAAUCGGGGAAAAGUGGAGUUCAUGUACCUGGAUUUGGCCUCUUUGACAUCUGUGCGGCAGUUUGUCCAGAGAUAUAAAGCCACAGGUUUGCCACUACAUGUCCUUGUCAAUAAUGCUGGCGUUAUGCUUGUUCCGGAGAGGAGAACAGAGGAUGGAUUUGAGCUGCACUUUGGGCUAAACUACCUGGGCCAUUUCCUGUUGACCAACUUGUUGCUAGAUCUCCUGAGGAAGUCAGGCAAACCUGGGAAAUGUUCCCGAAUAGUUAUUAUGUCUUCAGCUACCCAUUAUGGAGGAAGAUUAACUCUGGAUGACUUGCAGGGAAGGAUGUGUUAUAGUUCCCAUGGUGCAUAUGCCCAGAGUAAACUGGCCCUGCUGCUGUUCUCCUACCACCUACAGGACCAGUUGUGGGCCAAAGGAGACAAUGUAACGGUUAAUGCAGUGGACCCAGGCAUGGUGGACACAGCCCUGUAUGACAAUCUGUGUAGCCCGGCCCAGAUGGCCAAGAAGCCUUUUGCUAAACUGCUCUUCAGGACGCCUGCAGAAGGAGCAUCCACAGCUAUCUACGCUGCAGCUGCCUCUGAGCUCGAGGGGAUCGGAGGACUGUAUCUGUACAACGGUCGUAAGACGGAGUCUUCAGCGCUGUCUUGUGAUGAACGGCUGCAAACCAAGUUAUGGAAAGAAAGCUGCGCUCUAGUGGGUCUCCAAAAGACCUGAGAGCACCGAGCUCCUGAUCACAGAGACCUCAGCUCUCAACUUAUAGUUCAUAAAACGUCCACCUGAAAAAAAUUCAACCUUCUGCCUUAAGUUAAGUUAGUAUCCCUAUUUGCCAAAUUUUCAUUCUCUGAAACCGUCCCUUGGUUUUUAAACCAUCUCAUUACCAUUUUAGUGUUCACACAAGCCAUCCUUUAAAGUCUUGAAGACUUUACCUCAACAAUACAUGACCAAUACUAACAAGUGCACUGUUUUCCAACCUAAAACCUCUCUCUUCCUCCACUUCUUCUGACUUGGGAACUUUCUGAAGAGUUUUGUUUUCCUGAACUAAGCUAAUAAAACAAUGAUUUUGUCUAAUAAUCUACUAUCUUGUACUCUGCUAAGCCUUUUUGAGUGCUUAAUGAAUCAGGACCGUCGCAAUGGCUGUUCCACUGAUUUUCCUUUGGAAUUUGUCAACAGACUAAAGACAAACGAAGGAUAAAAUGAUUAUAUGUGAAAUCUCAAGCUCUCUAAACUGGGCAAAUACCAGCCUAUCUCUGUUGAUUCUCUUCGUUGCUGCGCUGGGAUUUUACGUCUUUCUUUGUUAGUAUAGUUGUAUAUCUUCAGUGGCUUCUACAUUGGGUUAUUCCAUCCAUCAGUCAGUGUCAUUCCUGCCUCUGCCUACCGCAUCUAAUUCUCUAAACACAAACUGCAGAAAGGCUAAGGACAUUUGUCUGGCUAAGCCCUUCAUUUUUCAUUCUUCCACUGUGCAAUUUGCAAUACUGUGUUUUGAAUCUUCCACAAAAGAGACUGCUAUCCUCAUGCCAGGUGCCUCACCUUCAUCCACCUUCUUUCUCCCUGAGGGGAAUAUUUCACCCAAAUAUUCUGUUUGUGACUGUGAUGUGCUUAGAAUUUGUGAUUCCAAUGUGUAAUAAUGUGGUUGUGGUGUUCUUUUUUCAUUUUAUUCUUGCUUCUGAGCAGACAUUGAAACAGAAACAUUUAAAAUAUGUGCACUUUUUUGAGAUGUUGAGUCUUAACUUUUAAAUAUAUUCCAGCUAUCUUUAUUAUUAUUAUUUUUUUAAUAUAUAUAAUUACCCAAGGUCAGUGUGCAAUAGCAAAACAGCUAAUUGAGUCUUGAAAUAAUGGAAAACGUAAAAGUUUUCCGAUCGGAGAUGUCGCUUCAUAAAUAUCAAUAUAUAAAAGUACUGUAAAAUGAGUUACUUUCUACCUGCUGGUGUCUGUAACAACUUGGAGGUGUUGUCUCGACUUUGGCUGCUUUGGAUAAAGUGCUACCUUGACCUGUUAAAUUCUAAUUUAAAUGUACUGGUGUCAAAAUGUGCCUGUCAUUUGUGUGUUUUAUGUGGCGUCAGUCAUGCAGUUGACCAAAUGCGUUCCCAUGCAGACGUUUAAGCAUCUCCUAACUAAUUCUGUUCCUUUUCUUUAUUGUACAGUGAAUGGGAUAUGAAGCUUUUGGGUCAAUGAGAGACGAUUGCUUUUGAGAAUUUGCUUUUAUCAUCAUCCUAGUUUUGCUCAUGGUACUGUAAUUAUGCACUAAUGGAAGUGCUGCUGUAUUAUAAUGUAUUUAGCAUUAUAGGAAGUGUAAUUAACUUCCAUGCACAGAUAAUAAUGAUCCAAUAGAUUAAUUAUAUGGUUGUGACGCUGAGAAAUGAAUUAAUAACAAUAUUUGGAGGCACCAAAUCGUUGAUAAUAAAUGAAUCGAGAAACAGUCUUAGUACAAAAUGUGCAAAGAGGAUUUUGCAUACUUAGCUCCUCAGCCACAUGCACUGUGAAUGAGCCCAAUGUUUCUGUCAUUUGUGUGUGUGAAAGAGAGGGAUAAAGACAGAGAAAAGAGUGCAGCAUUAUCUGCCAGAAGACUCUGAAGUGUCUCAUCUUCAGCUCUUGUAGAAAACAGAGUGAAUGAGUUUCUCUUCUAAGGCUCUUGUCUAAAUAAAAACACUGAUUUCCCUA